AUGGCAGACUCCCUUCUUAGUUACCUGACGACACGUAACCCAAAUGUCCUCGCGUUCGCAAGACCGGCACCGAGCUUCACCUUUAAUUCCGAUUGGGAUCCAAUUGAGAACAUAAGAGAAUGGUCUGAUUUCAACUACAAUAACCUCCAACUACUGUUCAGGGAUGAGUUGAGCCGCUCUGUGCCUCCGUUCAAUACUACCGUCAGCUGUGAAAAGGGGGGCUAUAACAAAAUAUUUGAUGAACGGGGCCUCUCUGAUCUCAUAUGCAUGUCCAUUAUGGGUCCCGUAUCGGCAGUGCUUCCCGAUUCAUUUACCACGUCUGGCGGAAGAGUUACGCAGCACCCUGGAUGCGUCCCUGACUGGUCUGCUGGGAAGGAGGGGUCAGGAAGGUCUAAAGCUAUUGUUCUUGGUGACACAAAAUUCAACUGGUCAUCAACCAACGCCUUCAAUGUUAUCCAGGGCGCGAAAAACAAGCUCUAUGAAGAUUCACCAUCAGUUGAUCUGGUGAGACCUAUUGAGCAAGUCCAAUAUUAUGGUGCUGUUUACGGAUGUCGGUAUGUGUAUCUUAUCAGCGACCAGGAGCUCGUGGUUAUGCGGCUCCACUUGGCCUCGACCCACAUUCGAACAUCACCCAGACCUCAACGCACUCGCCCACCACCCUCGCAUCAACGGGUGACGUCUUCUUCGACGAUCUCUAAGCAGUUGACGGACAUGUCUAUUGAUGAGUCUUGUUUUAAGGCUAGUAUUGGACUUGUGGAAUACAAGGAAAUCCCUUGGAACGCGACUAGCGGCCUCACGAUCAAGAUGGCGUUGUAUUGCCUUGUUCGUUUAGCAGACAAGUAUGGAAAUGAUCUCAAACACGACUACCCCUCUUUGGCAUCUAAAGUGGAGCCAUCCGUUCCACAAAGUCUUUCGUCAACUACUAUACCGAGUUCACAGCCGCGAAACCCCAUACCAACAGCGAGCACUGUUGGCAGCACACCACAAACGAGCAACAACCCAGCAAGCAAAUACUACACAACCACUCUUAUAUGGAACAAGACUCGGACUGCUUACAUCUACAAAGCGAACGAUGGCAAGUAUGUUACUGAUGAUUCACCAUCAAAGUGGCAGGUAAUUGGAGACAAAAUCUACAAAUUCGAAGGAUUUCCGCCAUAUCCGUGCUCGGAUAUACCCCGCUGA